UUUGCCCACUGGUUACAGCCCUCAUUUAGGACUGCUGGUGGACUGUGGAUUUGUGCAAGAUGAAGAGAGUAUCGAUAGAGCAAACUGUUACUAAUAAUCCCAGUGUUUAUUUCUCUGCAGAGGAACAUGAGGAAGAGGAGCCUGACUAUGUUAAUUCAGCAGCCGGCACAGUGAUUAAAAUUCCAGCCUCUUCAGAUAAGAAGACUCUCUCCAACAUCUCUCCAUCUCUCUGCAAGUCCUGUUUACCAAUAGCAGUGUGUUGGGCUAUACUGCUGGUGAUCAUGACCCUCCGUAUCCACUUUACCACUGUCAUUUCCACCAAACUCCGCAAUGAAAUGAAAGCUUCAGAGGAUGCCAAACAAAGAAUCACUGAUGUCGUCAAAACUAAUGAAAACUUGCACAGGAGUCAGAGUGAUGUAGAAGUCAAAAUAGACAAACUGUAUCAAGCAUAUACUGUGUUAGAGAACAACAUCACAAACCUGUGGGAAGAAAACCGGCAGCUGAGAGAGGAAAACCGGCAGCUGAUAGCAGAAAACCAGAAACUGAGGGAAGGAAACCAGAUUUCUACUGUGACACCACACCUGGCGGUGACAAAUCUAUCCUGGACGACACACACACACAACAGAACACAAACACAUCUGUUCCACUCAACUACAACAAUAGGUUGGAAUGACCAAUCCAUUAAUCAGACAUCACCUCAGUGGAAAUAUAACUACAGAAAAAAGAGACAGAGUGAAUAUUGUCAGACAGGCUGGAUUCACUUCCAGUCUAGCUGCUAUGUGAUCAAUCACCGUGAGUUGCCUGAUCAGAAAACCUGGGAAGAUGCUCGAGAUGACUGCAGAGGAAAGAAUGCAGAUUUGGUUGUAAUAGAAUAUCCAGAGGAACAGGAUUUCAUCUACAAUAGCAGUUUGGUCAGUUUGGGAAUGAAUGGCUAUUGGAUCGGCCUCAGGGGUGAGAAUGGCAGCUGGAACUGGGUCAGCGGAAGUCGUCUGAUUAAAGAGUACUGGAUACAACCCCCUGGUGACAGCCAACACUGUGUGACUUCUGUCAAAGAGACCAAAGGAUGGAAAGCUGUAAGCUGUGAUGUCAAAAAUGGAUGGAUCUGUGAAAAGAACACUCUAUCUUUUUAAGUAUUGCAGUCAAAACUGAGAAUGUUACUGUAGUUAUGUAUUGUCUGUAGUGAUUACAGAUCACAUGUAAGACAACGUCAGCUAGAAUUUAUUACUUUGGAAUUUGCAGUUACUAUUAACAGUGUAGUUAUGUGAACAGUCUAUAGCCCAAUUUACAAUGCAACCAGUGUAUAUUCAUAGAAUAAGGCUGUAAAGAUAAAACAAUAAAAAAGACAGCCUGGAAGACA